GCCGGGAGACUUGGAGAAGUGGGAGCCGCUGCAGAGCGCCGCCGGCCCGGCCGCUGAGCCCGUCGCCUCCGCCGCCGCCCCUCUCGCCGCCACCUGCGAUUCCGGACCCCGACUCUCUGUGGCUCGGCCCGCGCGCCCCAGGCCCGACACGGGCGGCGCGGUGGGAGGAUGAGCGGCGGGCGGCGGAAGGAGGAGCCGCCUCAGCCGCAGUUGGCCAACGGGGCCCUCAAAGUGUCCGUGUGGAGCAAAGUGCUGCGGAGCGACGCGGCCUGGGAGGACAAGGAUGAAUUUUUAGAUGUCAUCUACUGGUUCCGGCAGAUCAUUGCUCUGGUCCUGGGUGUCAUUUGGGGAGUGUUGCCAUUGCGAGGUUUCUUGGGAAUUGCAGGAUUCUGCCUGAUCAAUGCAGGAGUCCUGUACCUCUACUUCAGCAACUACCUGCAGAUCGAUGAGGAAGAAUACGGUGGCACAUGGGAGCUCACGAAAGAAGGCUUUAUGACAUCUUUUGCCUUGUUCAUGGUCAUUUGGAUCAUCUUUUACACUGCCAUCCACUAUGACUGAUGGUCUGCAGCCCCCGUCUGCUCCCUGUCCAGUCCAGCACAGAGACAUGGUUAUAGAGGCACUGCAGCCUGCGAAGCCUAGAAGCCCCAGGUUCUCUGGACCAAGAAUCAGUGUUGGGCGUUGCCGUCUUCCGCAAGGGUCAUGACCAGAAACUUUUAAUAGAACCACCUGCCUGUUGGGGAAGCAUCCCUGAAUUGCCAGCCACUGCUUCGUGGAUACCCAUCACUAAACACCCACUUUCAGAUUGGAGCUGGUGGUUUAUUUUAAUGCGUCUCUGGAUCUGGAUGACACAUUAAAUUGUCUUCCUAGUGCUCCAUCGGGUGUACAGUUCGUAUAUGAUUAGUGGCAUUUCAAGUCUUCUGAAAACAGCAUGGCAGCCAGUGUCUAUGUGGUCCACAGCAAGUACAAACAGCAUCUUAACAGUUCCCUUUGUAGAAUGUUUUCACACACUUGAAUAAAUCAAAUCUUUGAAAACCUG